AUGGGGGCUUCUCAAUCAGAGCUAGAGAAACAACAACCAGAACAACAGCCUCAAACACAUCAUCAUUCACAUUCACAGUCACAUCACCAACCAAAUGAACCAACCAAUAAGGAAGAACUACGAUCACCUUCCAGAAGCGAAAAUUUGUUGCUGUCCCCUCAACAAAACAUAGAACCCUCCAGAAAGGUAGUAAAAGCCAAAUAUGAGACUCAAUCAGCAGCACCUAAACCUUUGAUCAAACAACUAGGUUUUCCGUACAACUUUGAGAAUAUACUGAAGGAUGCUGACUCGCCGGUUGAUAAAUCUUCUAGGGAAAAGAUGUUUGAUCAACUACAAGCUGGUGUGUUCUUACAUAGUAAAACUAAGAAAUAUUGGGUUGAGAAGAAGUCCAACGCCAACUGUUUUAUGUUGUAUGCAAGAGGACUAUCAAUCACUUGGGGAGAGAAUCCACUUUACUGGAAAUGGAUACAGCAAAAAGAUGCAAGCGACGGGGUGAAUGAGGUGGCUGAACUGAAGAGAGUUUGUUGGCUAGAAGUGCAUGGAAAAUUUGACACUAGAAAGCUUUCGCCAGGAAUUUUAUAUCAAGUUUCAUUUUGUGUGAUGCUGAAAGAUCCCGCUCAGGGUUGGGAACUACCGAUAAAUGUGAGACUUGUUCUUCCGGGAGGAAAGAAGCAGCAAUACAAGGUGAAUUUAAUGGAGAUGUUAAGGGGAAGGUGGAUUGAGGUUCCAGUUGGUGAGUUUAUAGCAUCUGAAAAAGAUGGAGGUGAGAUGGAGAUAUCUAUGUUUGAAUAUGAAGGUGGUAUGUGGAAGCAGGGGCUUGUCAUCAAAGGCAUUGCAAUCAAACCAAAAGUAUGA